CAAGUCUUAUCCAUAGAACGUCGGCUUACAUGCAGUUUACGUCCUACGUGAGUUUAGCGAUAUAAUCUGUGCCUUGUCAACAAAACUACACACUAAGCAAAGAAUUGAAUUGAAUAGAACGACGGCUUGGAAUAGAAAAAUAUAAAAAAAAUCACAGUUUUUUCAGAUGUAUAGGACGUGAUAAAGAUCCAAGAUGUGAUCAGUGGCUAGAAUUUGAACCUUAACCAAAUAAAUUGGGUUCAGACCAGCGAAAGAACUGAUUAUGGAAUCCGCAUCAUAUAAUCCUUUGCUAAAAGUAAGUGAUGAGGAAAUAGCAAAGAUACGCCAAGAUUACAAUUUAGACACAAACAAGAUCAAGGAAAAUUUAGAUGCAAUCGAAGAAUGGUGUGAGAAACAGAAUCACUUACGGGAAGCUGUCCAAUAUCUUGGUCGUGAUGUCAUGGAACGUAUACAUAUUUUAGCAAAAGGUUCUGUUGAAGGUACUAAAAUUAAAAUUGAUAAAAUAUUAACGACGCGGGGCUUGAUACCAGAAAUAAUGCUUAAUAAGUCGUUAGAUGAAUUUAAAAAAUUUCAAGAUAAUAUAAUUUUUAUAACGCUGCCAAAUUUAAGUCCGACUUGUCAUUCGAGAAUAUUCGUGUCACAGAUAAUAAAUCCAAAUAUAGAUGAUUUCAAUUUCUUAACCUACUUAAGAUAUUGUUUUAUGAUCGGAGAAUACAGAUUACAUUUUGAAUAUAGUAUGUCUGACAGAUUCAUCGUGGACUUGAAAUAUAUUAAUAUGAAUAUUAUAACAAAAAUUAAUCCAAUACUUUUGAAGAAAGGAGAAACCUUAUGCACGGAAGCUUAUGGAACGAAAAUUAAAGGAAUUCAUUUUGUACAUGCUCCGCCAUAUGUGGAUAAAAUUAUAAAUCUAUUAAAACAAGUUCUUAAAGAAAAAAUAUCAAGCAGAGUCUACGUUCACAGUUCAUAUGAGGAUCUGCACAAGGCAAUACCUAAAGAAAUACUUCCAAAGGAAUACGGCGGUGAUUCUACAAGCUGUGCUAAAUUAUCUGAACAGUGGAAGGAAUAUUUAAAAACGGAACAAGCGAGAAAAAUUUUGGACAUUUCUAAUAAAUUGAUCAGUGACGAAUCAAAGCGAUGCUCUAUUAAAUUCAAUGAAGAAUAUUUAGGAAUGCCAGGAACAUUUAGAAGACUAAAUGUAGAUUAAAGUGAGAGAAUAUCAAUUAAAUGUUAAGAAAAUAUUAAAUGUACAUCUUAGGUUUAAAAAACGAAUUCACUGAGUGAAAAAAGACUUUUGCAAAGAAAAGAAGGAAACCAAAAUGCGUCCAAACACGUUUUUUGCACAAAGUAGGUUGGUGUAUUGCCAAAUGGGCCACUUUUUUGUCAUUUGUCUAUUGUGCCUGUAGUAACGCUGAUUGUAUUGAACUGACUUUACCGAGUAACGCUGGUUGGUGGUAGAAUAUAUUAUGAGAUAGGGGUAUUCACUCUGGGUUUUACACGAAGUACUGCUACCAUGUAAAAAGUUAUGGUUUUUCUUAAUUAUUUCAACGCGUUCAGAGCGAAUGUAAUGAUACCAAGAUAAUAAUAUGGUAUUUUGAGUUAGUCAUGACGCAUUUUGGCCGCUUUAAUGUUCCAUAAACAUCGAGUAGAAAACUGCUAUCUCUAAUACCAGCUAUAUCUACCACGAGUAUGUUUAGAACAAUAGCAGUAAGAUUCGGCUAUUUUUUUUAAUAAGAUAUGUGUAACUACGAUCGCUGUCUGGACAAACGUAUCACGAAAAAAUUGUUAUAUUUUUAUGAUGCCAUUUGGCAUCAUAAACACUUUUCUCGUUACAUAAAUGCAUUCAUUCUUUGAGCGUUACGGUAUAUCGUUGCAACGUCAUUAGAAGAGUUCUAUUAAAUAAAGUCGAGGAGGAGAUCUGUGAUAGAAAUUGAAAAGAGCCGAGGUGAUGGGAUGGGUAUCAUUUCCUAAUGUAACUUGCAACGUGCCAAUAAACAGUUAUUCAUCUGUUGUAAUUA